CUCUGAUUUACCAAAAGGCGGUAAUUUAUUUCCUCUUCGUUACUAUAAGCGGAUUACAAUGAUACCUGAAGGUCUGCAGGAAUUACUUGAGAAGUUCACUGAGAGAGUUAUCAAGGAGAGACCGAAUAAUUUAAUUGAAUUCGCGUCAAAUUAUUUUGACAACCUUUUACAAGAAUCAAGAAAAAGUGCUUUCGAACGCUCAUUUAUGUUAUCUGCUUCUCAGUAUGAUCCUAUCAUGUCUAUCACUAAUCCAAAAGAAGAUAUUCCAUUAAUUACAACAAUCAUUGAUAGUGAAAAUACCAUAGAAAAGAGUAGUUCAGGGUUUAAUUUAGAUUUAUUACAUCUAUCAUUGAACAAUUGCUUCAAUCUUCAACAUAAUAAUGAAUAUCAAUCAGAUUCAAAUAUUUCUAAUUAUAUACAUAUGAAUACAAACUUAGACGGUCACACUGGGUAUUCAGGUUCACGCCGUCAUAGUGUGGCAGCUGAAAGUUUUAAUCCUGCUACAAUAACUGGUUUGGAAUCUAUUGUCUAUCCAAAGUCUGUAGCUCAGAAACUUCGGUUAAAAUCUGUUGUCAAGCCAAUUUUUAUAUUUCGUUCAUUGGAUGAGAAUCAACUAAGAAGAGUGAUUGAUGCAAUGAAGGAAACACCUGUAACCAAAGGUCAAGUCAUUAUACAUCAAGGUGAUGAUGGUGACUAUUUUUACAUAAUCGAAAGUGGAAAUUAUGAUAUCCUUAUAAAUGAUGAAGUGAUCGGGAGUUAUGCUGGAUCUGGAUCAUUUGGAGAGUUAGCACUUAUGUACAAUACACCUCGAGCAGCUACAAUUAUUGCAAAAACAGAUGGUGUACUAUGGUCUGUGGAUCGAGCAACAUUUCAACACAUAGUACUUAGACAAGCUUUCCUUAAACGACAACUUUAUGAAACCUGGUUAUCUUCUGUUCCACUUUUAAGAAGUUUAAGUGUAUAUGAACGUGGAAAUUUAGCUGAUGCCUUAGGAAGUCAUACUUAUGAAGAUGGUGCAUGGAUUAUUCAAGAAGGUGAACCAGGUGAAGAAAUGUAUUUCAUUGAAGAAGGAUGUGUAGAAAUAUCUGCUAAGAAUUGUAAAAAAUAUCAUAAAGGAGAAGAAGUUGUACUUAAACAAUUGCAUAAAAACGACUAUUUUGGUGAAUUGGCGCUCAUUUUACAUGAACCUAGAAAAGCUUCAGCUCGUGCGAUUGGUAGAACCAAAUUAGCAGUAUUAGAUGUAUCAAGUUUUGAACGACUUAUGGGUCCAUGUGUAGAAAUUAUGCAACGUGAACUUGGUCAUUAUCGUAAUCAAUUAUUAGAAAGCUUGGGACCUGAUGAAAUAAGUAAAAUUCCUUCAUUGGCUAAAUUUGUAGAAUCUGAAAAAUAAUCCUUAUUAUUAUUAUUAUUAUUAUUAUGUGAAUCAUUUUAAAAAAUACAUGAGAUGUGUUCAUUUGGAACUAUUAUUAUUAUUAGUAGUAUUGCUCAUUGUUUCCAUAUGACUGAAUGAAUAAACAAGAUGUUUGUUAACUUAUUGUAAGUGUAUGAAUAUUCAAUAUUUCUAUUCUGUCUUUUACACUUUACAGAAGAUAUUUAAAAUAAACAUUAAUUAUAAUGAAAAUAUUACUAAAUAUGAAGAUGAUAUUUCACUGAUGUAUUUAUUCAUUGUGUGUAUUUCAUCCUUGAAUUUAUAGACUACAAUUGUACACUUGAUGAUUAUCUAAUGUUUAUUUAUUCAGUUAUCUCAUGUUAAUUUUUCACUUUAUCAUGUAUAUACCUUAACUGAAUGUUUAAUUGAACACUUGAAUAAAAAGUAAUCAGUAAUAUAAGAUACAUUAAUAUAAUUGUUUUGCUUUUAUUUUAUAGACCAAUAAAAAUAGUGGAA